CUUAAUUGUGCCAAAGCCAGGACCGUGGGAUAACCACGUCUUGUUUACCGCCCCAGCAGCAGUAAAAACGCGCAGCGACACGGCGGCGGCGCUCAAAGCAGGAUUUAAAGCCGGACUUCUGCUGUCGUGGACUGAAGGACUAUCAGGGGUAGAAACCUGAGUCCAGCGGGGAUGAGAACUCACCCCGAGCGGAUUUCACUGGUGUUCUGCCAGAAGCAUCUGGAAAGGAUAACAGAGGGAUACACUCCCCCUCCAGAGCAGCAGAGGAUAAUUCACAUCUCAGACGUUUCAGUGCUUCAGCUCUGUGGCUGCUGAGUGAUGUGUUCUAGAUUCUGUUUUAUUGUGAAGUUGUUUUAAUCAAUGCCCUGAGUGGCACAGUUUGGCUCCCUCCUCCUCCUCCUCCUCCUCCUCCUCCUUUGGACAUGUUGGAUAACUGCGGCCCUUGGUGCAUUCAGUAGGUGACUGAAGGAUCCCGUUCAAGAGAGCACCACAGAUUAGUAGUCCAGCAGGGUUCACUUGGAGCUAUGCACUGAAGAUGUGUGCAGCCAGGUUCAGCGGCUGCCUGAAUGGCUGUGCUGAGGAGGCUGCCGGUGGUGCUGCGGGGGCUGCCGGUCCACUCAUGGCCUCCAGGAUGCUGGACUGGACAGAGGCAGGUCCUCGCAUCCUCCACAGCCUGGAGAUGGGCACAGUGAUGACCGUCUUCUACCAGAAGAAGUCCCAGCGACCAGAGAGAAGAACGUUCCAGAUAAGGCAGGACACGAAGCAGAUAGUGUGGAGCAGGAACCCUGACAAAGUAGAAGGAGAGAUCGACAUACGGGAGAUCCGGGAGCUGCGGUUGGGGAAGGGCUCCCGUGACUUUGAGCGCUACCCGGAGGAGGCUCGUAAACUGGACUCCGCCCACUGCUUCAUCGUGCUCUACGGCCUGGAGUUCCGCCUGCGGACCCUCAGUGUGGCUGCUUUCAGUGAGGAGGAGGUCAACAUGUGGAUCACUGGACUCAACUGGCUGAUGAUGGACACCCAGAGAGCUCCGGCGCCACCACAGACAGACAGAUGGCUGCGGAAACAGUUUGAAGUUAUGGACAGGAACCACGAGGGCAGCAUUACAGUGAAGGAUGUAAAAGCUCUGCUGCCUCAGAUCAACUACAGAGUUCCCAACACGCGCUUUCUCAAAGACAAGCUGCAGGAGGUGGAGGCCAGGAACGACCUGUCGUACUCCAACUUUGCACAGCUCUACAGAACGCUGAUGUUCGACGCACAGAGGAGUAUUAUUGAGCAGCUGGAGCUCUCCUUUCCUCUGCGAAAUGUUGACAGACCAGAGCUUUGUCAGAUCUCCCUCUACGACUUCCAGAAGUUUUUGCAGAUGGACCAGAAGGAGUCCUGGGCAUCAGAUCUGAGUCGUGUCAGAGAAUUUCUCAUGGGCUACAUGAGGGGAGGGCCGCAGCCGGAGCCAAUGCUACAACUGGAUGAGUUCCUGACUUUUCUGUUCUCCAAAGAGAAUUCUGUGUGUGACCCUCGACUUUCACCCGUUGCUCCCGACGACAUGAAAAGGCCACUGUCUCAGUACUGGAUUUCCUCCUCACACAACACCUACCUGACAGGUGACCAGUUUUCCAGUGAAUCAUCUCUAGAAGCCUACGCUCGCUGUCUGAGGAUGGGCUGCCGCUGCAUUGAACUGGACUGCUGGGAUGGACCUGAUGACCUACCAAUCAUCUAUCACGGCCACACCUUAACCUCCAAGAUCAAAUUCCUGGAUGUGCUGCACACCAUCAAAGAACAUGCCUUUGUCACAUCCGAGUAUCCUGUGAUCUUGUCCAUCGAGGACCACUGCAGUGUGGUCCAACAGAGAAACAUGGCCACACACUUUAAGAAGGUGUUUGGAGAUCUGCUGCUCACCAAACCAGUUGACAACAAUGCAGAGGAGCUGCCUUCACCUUACCAGCUCCGCAGGAAGAUCCUCAUCAAGCACAAGAAGCUGGUGGAAGGAACCCUGUAUGAAGAGGUGACGUCAGCCAGCUACUCUGAAAACGACAUCAGCAACUCGCUGAAGAACGGCAUCCUUUACCUCGAAGACCCCAUCGACCAUACGUGGACACCUCACUAUUUUGUCCUAACCAGUAAUAAGAUUUACUACUCAGAGGAGACAUCUCAUUACCAGACAGCUGAUGAAGAGGAGGAAGAUGAAGGAAAAGAGGAGUGCAACAACAACGAGCAGCACUGUGCGGAGCGCUGGUUCCACGGGAAGCUGGGUGGAGGUCGUGACGGUCGGCAGGUGGCUGAGAAGCUCCUGCAGGAGUACUGCGAGGGCGGCGCUAAAGACGGCACUUUUCUGGUCAGGGAGAGUGAGACGUUUGUUGGAGACUACACCCUCUCUUUCUGGCGUUCUGGCCGGGUCCAGCACUGUAGGAUUCAUUCACGUCAGGAGUCUGGCUCCACCCGCUUCUACCUGACUGACAACCUGGUGUUUGACAGCCUCUACCGCCUCAUCUGCCACUACAGAGACACGCCGCUCCGCUGCAACGAGUUUGAGAUGAGGCUGGGCAGCCCUGUUCCUCAACCCAACGCACACGAGAGCAGAGAGUGGUAUCACUCCAGUCUGUCCCGUGUUCAGGCCGAACACAUGCUGAUGCGUGUGCCCAGAGACGGAGCCUUCUUGGUGCGAAAACGCAGUGAGCACAACUCCUACGCCAUCUCCUUCAGGGCGGAGGGUAAGAUCAAACACUGCCGCAUCCAGCAGGAAGGCCGUCUCUUCAUGUUGGGCAGCUCGGCAGAGUUUGAGAGUCUUGUGGAUCUGGUGAGCUACUAUGAGAAACAUCCCCUGUACCGCAAGAUGAGACUCCGCUACCCGAUCAAUGAGGACACUCUGGACCAGAUGGGCACCAUGGAGCUUGACUAUGGAGCGCUGUAUGAGGUUCGCACUCCUCAUUUCUAUGUGGAGGCCAAUAAGAUGCCCACAGCACGGUGUACAGUCAAAGCUCUGUACGACUAUCGAGCUCAGAGGGAAGAUGAGCUGUGUUUCCCCAAACAGGCGCUCAUCCUCAACGUGGACAAGCAGGAGGGUGGCUGGUGGCGAGGCGACUACGGAGGAAAGAAGCAGCUAUGGUUCCCUGCAAACUACGUGGAGGAGGUUCCCAGCUCUCCCACCAGAGAACUGGAUGAAGCAUCCACAGAGAACAGUCCUCUGGGUACCUUCCUCAAGGGCUUCAUUGAUGUCCCCACCUGCCAUGUUGUGGUGCAUAAAGACGGGAAGAAUUCGCGACCCUUCGUGUUCACGAUCCACUCCCAGCAGCUCUCCUCUCACCCGGUCCAGACUCUGGAUGUGGCAGCCGACAGUCUGGAGGAUCUCACCAGCUGGGCCAGCAAGAUCAGAGAGGCUGCACAGAACGCUGAUGCUCGGAUGCAGGAGGAGAAACAGAUGGAGAGGAGGAAGAAGAUUGCGGUGGAGCUGUCUGAGCUUGUGGUUUACUGCAGACCUGUCCCCUUCAACGAGGACAAAAUCGGGACGGAGCGGGCGUGUUACCGGGACAUGUCUUCGUUCCCCGAGACGAAGGCAGAGAAGUUUGCGACUCGAGGCCGGGGGAAGCGCUUCCUGCAGUACAACCGCCGCCAGCUUUCCAGAGUUUACCCCAGAGGACAAAGGCUGGACUCAUCCAACUACGACCCACUGCCCAUGUGGCUCUGCGGCUCCCAGCUGGUCGCACUUAAUUUCCAGACUCCAGAUAAACCCAUGCAGCUAAACCAGGCCUUGUUCAUGCUCGGAGGUGGCAGCGGCUACGUUCCCCAGCCUGACAUUAUGAGGGACGACGUCUUUGACCCUUUCGACAAAGACACGUUGCAUGUGGAGCCAAUCACCAUCCAGUUACAGGUGCUGGGAGCUCGCCAUCUGCCAAAAAAUGGCCGCAGCAUCGUCUGUCCGUUUGUGGAGCUAGAAAUCUGUGGAGCCGACUACGACAGCUACAAGUGCAAAACGGACGUCGUAGCUGAUAAUGGUCUGAAUCCUGUGUGGGUGCAGAGGCAGUUUGUGUUCGACAUCCACAACCCCACCUUCUCCUUUUUGCGCUUCACUGUGUACGAGGAGGACAUGUUCAGUGAUCCAAACUUCCUGGCGCAGGCGACCUACCCUGUGCGUCUGCUGCGAACAGGCUACAGGAGUGUACCGCUUAAGAACAGCUACAGUGAGGAGCUGGAGUUGGCAUCGCUUCUUGUUCACAUAGAGAUCGUCAAUGCAAAGGAGGAAGACGAUGAGAACUUGUACACAUCCAUCCAGCGGCUGCGGGAUCGAACCAGUGAGCUGUCCAACCAGGUUUCUCUCCUGGAGAGGUCAGGCUCAGCAGACAUGAGCUACCAGCAGAGCCUGGAGGAGCUGCGAGCAGCUCAGGAUCAGCUGAGCGAGCUGGUGGAGGCUCGAAACCGCAGGCUGAUGGAGAAGAAGAGGAGGGAGAAGCUGAGGCAGCAGGUGGCAGCAAAGCGCAGUUAAUCCUCCCAGAGAGCACUAAACUCACCACAAAGCGUGCCUGAUGAGCUGUGCAGCGACAGCCUGACAGAAGCAGGCUCUACAGCAGCGACAUGCAAUCCGUUUGUAACUCGAAAAAACAACACUUGUUCCCUCACAGUAAAAUGUGAGUUAUCAUAGCACCAUUCUGUGCUAACAGCAGACUGAGACAGUGACAAACAGAAGCAUCUCAUGGACUCAACUGACACAAAACUAAGCUAUAAAAACAAUCAUGUACUAAAGGCUGAAACACAUCAGGAGCAAAUUAGUGGAAGGGCUUCUUCUGACGUUUCCAUGAGAACAGUACAGACUGGAGGGAUCAAGAGACGAGCUGAAAUGGUUGGUUAAUUUUUUUUUAGCCAAACAAAAAUGUCUGAUGGUUUUCUGAUGAUUUGCUGCAUUUCUUUGGGUUAUGAGAUAUUCGUUUGAACAUUUUGGACUGUUGGCCAGAAAAACAAGCUGCUUAAAAAUGAAAAAUUAAGUGUACUUUUUGCUAUUUUCUGACAGCUCAUGCAUCUAUCAUAAACUCUCAUAAAAGAUUCUGCUAACUAAAUCCAACUACAACAAAAAAGUCUAUUUCAAGUUUUUCAGCAUAUUCUGUAAAUUUUGAACCAAAAGAUAUAUGACGUCCAACAGAAACAAAUACAUAUAAUGAACAGAGUAAACCUGUUUAGACAAUUCUGUUUUCUCUUUGGCCUCUGUAUAGCUGUGGUUGAGCUCACACUUUGAAAUAGAUAGUGGAAGGAAAACCACAAUAUUCAAUAAAAAAAAAAAAAAAAAGCAACUGGAAGGAAACUGAGAGCUCAUUAAAUUUACUCUUUCUGUGUUUCAGGCUUUAGUAAGAAAAAAUGGAUUAAAAGGGAGACAAAAACUCAGGUUACACAAAUGUAGGAUGGUGAAACAAAAAAGUUAGAUAUCUGGAUGGAAAAAGGGAGCAGUGGGCACACGUAGCAAAAAGGAAAUAUCCUGUAUGUGCCUUUGUUGUCAUGCAUUGUAGAGGAUAGUUAUUCAUGUGUUUAAGGAAGUUAAAGAAAACAGACUGCUUUCUUUAUAACUGGAAUAGUUGCCUUUUACAGGAAAACAACUAAAAACUGGGGAGGUAACAUUUAGUUCAGACCACUACUCAGAAAAUGGGUUUCAGGCGAAUUAAAGACUAAAGUUUGGUCAUCCUAAUCAAGACCGAGUCUUUUUUGGGUGUUCACACGAACUCUGCCUCUGGGUGUUGGAGGCUCCGAUCACAGACCUUCCUGUUCUACAUAGGAGAGCACAAACUGGACAAACUGUGUCAAACAAAUCUCAUUCAAACCACACUGAGAGGGUUUUUUAAUACUUCUUCUAAGGGCUCUACAUUUAUCUAUACUACCUUCAGAGAGGUGUGAGAAUAGCGAGUGGGGGUGGAGAUGGGAAAACCCCCUGGAUGUCACCUGCACUGGGGCUCAGGUGUGUUAAACACACACACACACAUACGACAAAUAAGGGCUAUCACAGAAAACUAGCAGAGCACUGUUUAUACCUGCCGGCUCAGACUUCAUGCCUCCUAACUGAACCACGUGACCAGGAUCAGUUCCCAUCGUCGCUCUAAUCAACGUGUGGCUCAACUGGUCCUGGAUCUGCCAAAAGCAGCUUUGAUUUGACCCACUGCAUGGCUUCAUAUCCCCCCCACCCUGUAGCUACUUCAUCCCCUGUCUAAUUUCUCAUUGUAUAUAACUUCUUUUAUUUAUCGGACAGGUGUAGAAAAAAGACCCUGUUUUAAUAGAUGAAAGAACAUAUUACAAGAACGGUAACGGACUUCAGAUUGAAGAUACUGUAACUUUAUGUAGAAAUUAAUAUUGUGUACCUGGAGCUCCCUUUAAAUGUUCCCAUAGACACAAACCUCUCUCUUUCUCCCUGCGCUGCAGUCGCACUGGGUAGGGACUUCUAUGCAAAGGUCAUCCUCUUGACCUAUAGCCAUCGUGUAUUAGGCAAAUUGAUGAACUGAAGUUGUGUUUUCUCUCUGUACCUAUGCUGUCCAGUGUUAUUACUCUGCAUUACAAAACCUGUGCAAGUUUCCAGUUAAUAAAGCUCUUUCAUGUA